AUGGGGCUAGAGUCAGUUAUUCCGCAACUUCUUUUUGUUGUCCUUGCUGGUGUUUUAUACAUAUACCACAAGUAUUGUCAUAGCUUUUGGAACCGCCACCAAGUGCCGCAGAUUGAGCCUACACCACUGGUGGGUAACUUGGGAAAGAUACUACGCAUGUCGGAACCCUCAGCAAAAGUUAUUGAGGAAUUUUACAAUCACCCCAAGGCCAAGAACGAGCCAUUUGUAGGAAUUUAUAUUUUCUACAGACCUGCCUUGCUGCUUAGAGAUCCUGAACUGAUCAAACGGGUGCUGGUGCGAGAUUUUGCUAAAUUCAAUAACCGCUUUUCGAGAUCGGAUGAUGUUCGAGAUCCUUUGGGUUCACAAAAUCUGUUUAUGCUCAGGAAUCCGGCAUGGAAGGAUAUUCGUUUUAAACUAACACCGUUUUUUACCAGCGGCAAGUUAAAGCAAAUGUUUCCUUUAAUUGCAGAGGUGGGAGAAAAUCUCAACAAACAUUUGUGGAAAAUGUCAUCGCAUAUUAGUAACUGCCAUAAUUUCGAACUGGAACUUAAGGAAUUUUGUGCUCUAUACACCACAGACGUUAUAGCUACCGUGGCAUUUGGAGUCCAGGCCAAUUCCUUUGAAAAUCCCAAUGGACAAUUUCGCCACAAUGGCAGAGAGAUUUUCCGUUUCAAUGCCCGCAGAGCCUUCAAUUUCAGCAUUGUUUUCUUUUUGCCCCAUCUGGUACCGUAUCUGGGAGCAAAAGUUGUACCCAGUGAACAAACUGAGUUUCUGCGUUCCACCUUCAACUAUGUUGUGGCGGAGAGAGAAAAAUCGGGCAAAUCACGCCAUGACCUCAUUGACAUUUUGAUAGAAUUCAAAAACCACACGCGAUGUGCAGCUGCUAAAAGUGGCGAACUAAUAUUCGACGGUGAUCUUUUGGUGGCCCAAGCUGCCAUAUUCUUCACUGCUGGUUUUGAAUCGUCCUCGGCCACCAUGUCCUUUGCUCUAUACGAAAUGGCGCGUAAUCCUGAAGUACAAGAAAAGCUGCGAGAAGAAGUUCGCCAUACUUUGACGAAAAGUGGCGGUCGAUUAUCUUUGCAGGUCAUUGAAUCUUUGGAAUACAUGCAAAUGGUUAUAAGUGAAACUUUGCGACUUUAUCCACCAUUGCCUUUCUUGGACAGGGAGUGUACCAUAGAGGAAGGACAAUACUAUUCGCUUGAACCUUAUGGUGGAUUCCGAAUUCCUCGCGGUAUGCCGGUGUAUAUACCAGCGUAUGCAUUACAUAUGGAUCCUAAGUACUUUCCUAAUCCAGAGUCGUUUAUACCGGAACGCUUUACGUCAGAAAAUCGCAAAACCAUUACACCCUACAGCUAUAUGCCCUUUGGCUUGGGUCCCCAUGGCUGCGUUGGAGAACGCUUUGCCUACUUGCAGACGAAAGUGGGCUUAUUACAGUUUCUGCGCAAUCAUCGCGUUGCAUUAACUGGUAAUGCUACUGCUACGAGGCCAGUCAAAUUAGACCCGAAAGCAUUGAUAUUACAAGCUGAAGGGGGAAUUAUCUUAAAAGUAGAACGAGAUCCUUUGAAUGUUUAAUAGCUGUGUCUAUGAUUAUUGUAAAUUCAUUU